AUGGAAAUUAUUGAUUUAUGUACACCAACAGCGGUCACCAAUGAUAUAACAACAUCCGUUGAAAUGAAACAACGAUUUUUAAAUCUAGAUCGGCGAUUAUGUAUUUUGCCAUGCUAUCCGACUUACAAUGCUAAACGAGAUACAGGUCAACCAUUAUUAGCAAAUAUUCCAUAUCAUCAAUUGACUUCAACAGAAUUAUCUUAUCGACGUUCUGGUGCUUUUAAGCCCGCAUGUACCAUUGCCAAUAGUCUUUCUAACAUGCCAUCAUUUCUACGAGAAAAAUACAAUAUGUACUUUGGUGAUUUACUCGAACGGUUAAAAGUUGAUUUAUCUAUUUUGGAUUAUAACUAUACACGUCUGAAUAAAUUUAUCCGAAUGUUGGCUUAUGAACAAAUACGUGCUUUUAAUGUACAACCCAAUGCCAUACCUCAACUUGAAGAAAAAGAAUAUCCAACUGCAUUGGAAUUUUUUUUACAGUUUGAUGUAAACCUGUUCUACAUGAAAACAUGUUCUUUUCGUCAUGCUCGACCACGUACAUUCAAUGAAGGUCUUUUUUGUUUACAAUACUCGCCCAAUGCACCUAUCCAUCUUGGUAUGUCUCAUACAGAAGAACAUGAAUUAUUACUGUACAAUACACUACGAUUCGAAUUAGAAGAACGUAUUCGUGCAUAUCUUCAACGAACUCAACGAUUAUAUCCAAUUAACUUAGUUUUUGAUUUAUUCCAUAUGGACCAACGUCGUUAA